GAACAGGUGGAGGCUGCCAGGAAGGGUCUGGACCAGGCAAAGGAGGAGGGUCUGAAGCUCCACACAUCAUCUGAUGAUGACGAGGACGACUUUUUGUCAACACCAACUUCUGCCGAACCCGCCCAUCCAGCUCCAGCCCGCCGUGGUCGUAAACCCAAGGACAAGACUGCCACCUCUACAAGGACUAGCGGCCGACUCCGUGGGGCCUCGCCUGAAACUGAGCCUGAGCCCACGACUCCCAGAGAAGUGCCUGAAAGAUCCCGCUCAGGUCUGAGAGGACGAGGAGCUGCCAAAGACACAGGUUCUGUGUCUACGAUCCCAUCCCGCACAGACCACCACAAAACGUCAUCAUCCACCCGGGUUCAAGAUUCCUCCAAAUCUUCGAAAGCGUCAUCUCCCGCCAGAGAUCACCAUAACGCCAAAACCAGGACUCAACCAAACCGCUCCCAUCCCAGCCCAGUGCCUUCCCCUCCUACAGCCUCGCCCCCUGGUGGGAAACAGCAGUGUGCUGGGGAGACGGACAGUAAAAUCUCCAGAACGGGGAGGGAGGAGAAGGAGGUGGAGAAGGAGAGGAGGGCGUCUGAGUCAUCGCUGGAGUCCAGCUGUCCGGCGGAUCAUCAGACUAAGGAUGAUGACAGUAAAGACUGCGCCAUGUCUCCUCCCUCCACCAGCUCACGGUCGCCUCGCAAGCGGCAGUCAGCUGACGGAGAAGUGCUGCGGGGACUGGUUGAAGAUUCACCAUCAGCCAAAGUUCUGCGGAAGCUCCCGGGCCGGCUAGUCACAGUGGUGGAAGAGAAAGAGCCACGAAAGAGGCGGCGGCGAGGAAGUGGGACAGGAGGUGGUUGCUCUUCAGAAGAGGCAACGGCGGAGGACAGCGGUGCUGGAUUUGUUGACGAGCCAAACAAAGAGGACGCAUCACCGAGCCCAGAUGGCAAAACUAAAGAGACUGUUAGCAAAUCCCCUCUGGACCAAGACGCUACCCCAAGUCCGCCUGUGCACCCUCAGCCUGUCAGAGGCUAUCCUCCAUAUUCCCCUCCUCAUCUGUCUCCUGACAUGCCAGUGCUGAGGAAUCUUCCCGUGCGGCGCAGAUUGGAAACCGAAUCUCGUAUGGCUGCCCAGAUGGGAGAGCAGCAUCUAGGGCGAGGACGGGGAGCGAACCAGUCCAAGAAAACGGACAUCCCACCAGGCAGAGACGCUGCUUCCGCCUCUGCUGCGGAGUCCAGCGUGAACUCUCUCAUGCCACCUUUGAAAAGAAAGAGGGGCCGGCCCCCUAAGACUCCCACAAGACUACCUGAACUUGACAACGCAUCGACCACAUCCCCACAUCCCAUCUCGGCAAUUGAGGAAGGAAUCCCGCCACUGUCCCCUAAACGUAAGAGGGGUCGUCCCCGCAAGGACUCAGCGACCACGUUAGAGACCGUUAAUGAGAGUCAGAACUCUAAUCUAUCAAAAACUGAUUCCAGGACAGAACUGACGAUCUCAGAGACCCCGCCUCCUGCUGCUAUUUUUGAAAUGACUCGGUCUUCACAGUCGACCAAAGCUGAUCAGACAGACACUAAAACUGAGGCUUUGGCCCCGCCUCCAAAUCCAGCCUCCUCAACAAAGUCAGAUGAAGUUUCCACACCCGUCUCACUUCCCACUUCACCUGCACCCCAGGUGACCUCACUGAUCUCUGAGCCUGCCUCUUCCCAAGUGGUUGCUUCAGCCCCAGCUCCAAGUCCAGCCCCAGCACCAGUCCUCUCUUCUUCCACGUAUACCUCCACCCCCGUCAGCAACACAGCUCCGUCACCACCUGUCAGCGAUGUCCCACCUCCUCCUCCAGGUGUUAAACCAACACUUGUGGUUUCCACAGUUUCAGAUGCUGCUGUUCAACCAGCUGUGGAGGCAACCACCACCACAACCACACCAAUUACACACUCCACUCCACCCACUACGUCAUCUUCCAAAGCUGUUAAAGACCCCACCCCAACGCUCACAACAGCUGCUACCACAGUGUCUGUAACAGUUAGUAUUACACCACAAGUCACCACUGCAAUGACAUCACCUCCAACUGCUUCUCUUGUGAAGGACUUGCCACAAGCCUCUCUAGCCUCCACACCCUCCAGUCAUCCUGUAUCGAGUCUGGAUACAGCUUCACCCAAGCAGACCCCUCCAACUACAGCUUCCCCCAAGCAGACCUCCCCAGCUCCAUCUUUACCCAAGCAGAGCCUUCAAGCUACAGCUUCGCCUAAACAGGCCCCUGUAGCUACACCUUCCCCCAAGCAGACCUCCCCAGCUCCACCUUCCCCCAAGCAGACCUCCCCAGCUCCACCUUCCCCCAAGCAGACCUCCCCAGCUCCACCUUCGCCCAAGCAGACCUCCCCAGCUCCACCUUCGCCCAAGCAGACCUCCCCAGCUCCACCAUCGCCCAAGCAGACCUCCCCAGCUCCACCUUUGCCCAAGCAAACCUCCCCAGCUCCACCUUCGCCCAAGCAAAACUCCCCAGCUCCACCUUCGCCCAAGCAGACCUCCCCAGCUCCACCUUCGCCCAAGCAGACCCCUCCAGCUACAUCUACAACUGUGACAGCUCCAGUAAAAACAGCACAAACCAGUAUGUUAGACUCAAUCCGGACCGUGUCUGACAAGACUUCUACAUCACCACCAGUCAAAACAGUGGCACCAUCUUCUGGUAAUACAGCUCCACCUUCCCCUCCAGCCAAA